AUGCGUCUCUUCGUUGCAGUGCUGUUCAUGCUGAACUUGGUUCACCAGGUCACUGCCAAGAGAAAACUGAGCGCUUCCUCUUUGGUGACGUGCAUGGAAAACUCGCAACUAGCUGCCACUUCUUUCUCGGUGACCUUUGAUCCCGAUAGCCGAGCCCUCCACUACUCAUUGGACAUGACCACCGAAAUCAGCUCGUAUAUUAAUGCAGAGGUCGAGGUAUGGGCGUACGGUUUCAAGAUCAUCACCAGGUCCUUGGAUCUGUGCUCGCUGAGCUGGAAGCAGUUCUGCCCCCUCAAUCCCGGAAACGUGCAGGUUGAAUCCAUCGAGUACAUUUCCGCCGAUUUGGUCAAACAGAUUCCCGGAAUUGCCUAUCAAGUUCCGGAUAUCGACGCUUUUGUUCGUGUGAAGAUUUACCCCCGUGGAAACAGUCAAGAUACUUUGGCUUGUAUCCAGGCCUUUUUCUCAAACGGUAAAACCGUCGCGCAAACCGGAGUCAAGUGGGCCACCGCAGUCAUCGCUGGUAUCGGUCUUUUGUGUUCUGCCGUCUUGUCAACAUUUGGAAACUCAAACGCCGCGUCUCACAUCUCGGCUAACACCAUGUCGCUUUUCUUGUAUUUCCAGUCUGUCGUUGUUGUGUCCAUGCAACACGUCCACCGGGUUCCGCCAAUUGCUGCGGCGUGGUCCGAAAAUCUAAUUUGGUCAAUGGGUUUGAUCCAUAUCAACUUCAUGCAGAAGAUCUUUAGAUGGUUUGUUCAGUCGACAGGUGGCACCCCGUCUCUGUACUUGACUUCGAAAACCAUCUCUGUUUUGGUUCAAAGAAGUUAUGAUGUUCUUGAUAACUAUCCUUUGUUGAAGCGCGCGGCGGAUGUGCUGUACGGCAACUCGACCGUGAUGAUCCAGAGAGGGAUUAAAAGACUCGCUUUCCAGUCUCAUAUCGAAAAUACCUCCGUGGUUUGCACCGGUUUUACUUUUUUCGUUCUCUGUGGUUAUUUCCUUGCUGGGUUUAUAAUAGCCUCCAAGUAUGCCAUUGAUCUUUGCAUAAAAGCUGGCUGGAUGAACAACAGUAGGUUUACGGCGUUUAGACAAAAUUGGAGAGUCGUUUUGAAGGGAUCGUUGUUGCGUUACACCUACAUUGGAUUUACGCAACUAACAUUGUUGAGUUUUUGGGAGUUCACGCAAAACGACUCACCUGCUGUCAUCGUCAUUGCCGUCUUGUUUUUGAUCCAGGCUUUGGGUUUGAUGAUUUGGGCAGCGUACAGAACCAUAUCUUUCGCCAAGCUCUCUGUUCAGCAAAGAAAAAAUCCAGCCGCAUUGUUGUACGGAGAUCAGCGUAUUUUGGACAAAUACGGAUUCUUUUACACGAUGUUCAGUGCUAAACACUACUGGUGGAACUGUGUCAUAUUGACCUACAUUCUUCUGAAGACCAUUUUCAUAUCCUUUUGCCAGGCUUCAGGGAAAACGCAGGCAUUGGCCAUUUUCAUCUUUGACUUGGCUUACAUGAUUGUUCUCAUUGUCUUCCAGCCCUACUUCGAUCGUCCCACAAAUAUUGUGAACAUUUUGAUAACUACAGUGACAACGGUCAAUUCAUUUUUGUUCUUAUUCUUUUCUGAUUUGUUUGGACAGCCUGGUAGAGUGUCGUCGAUUAUGGGAUGGAUCUUCUUUAUUAUGAACGCCGCAUUCUCCUUGAUUCUUUUGGUGCUGAUUCUCAUCUUCGUUAUCAUGGUAGUGUGCUCUAACAAUCCUGACUUGAGGUUCAAACCAGCCAAAGACGAUAGAACGUCAUUUCAGAGAGCUUCCGGUAGCCACGGAAAAAUCAAUAAAUCCGUCGCUGCAGAAUUAAUGGCACUGGGAAAUACUGCCAAGAAUCAUGAUGAAAACUGGGAAGAUGAGCUUUAUACUCAGCAGAAACUUCAAAAAGACCGUAGUUUAUCAGGGUUGGAUAUUGCAGACGAAAAGCUAAAUGGCACACAAUCUUCACCGGAAGAUAAUGAGGAAGUAUACCCAUCACUGGCAGAACGUUUGAAGCGCAAAUUUUCCUUUAAGAGAACAAAAUCAACCUCGAGGGCUAGAGCGGAGCAAGAGGAAGAAUUCAUCAAUUCAGACAAUGCCGUCACGUCUCUUUCCCGUGAGCCUUCAGACUCUUCUAAUCCUGUAAUAAAGAGAGAUUACCCCGGGAUCCAUAGUCGUCAAGAGUCAGAUUCAAAUAACGGCCUCAUGCAUUCCUAUAAAGUUGCUGAGAAUGAAAAAUUAGCAACCCAGCCCGAGGACGACCAUCCUCUAGUUAUGGCCAACUUGGACCAGGCACCGGACAUCAGCAGGAAAGAAGAGCUUGCCAGAGAUGAGAGCAUGGACUCUGUCAAUGCAGCCACACAGCCAAAUGCCACGUCGUCAACUGAUCUUUUUACGCACAAUAACGAUUCUUACUAUGGAAGGUUAUGA